ACCAAAAGGGAUGUUUGAACAUAUACUUUUAGGAAGCCUAUUGUUUGAAUUUCCAGAGAAGCUCAGGCUACUAAAGAAAAUGGCAUGGCAAAUAUGGGUAUUUUUUCUGUUUCUGAUGUUUAGAAUGAUGCUUUUACGGCAAGUUUUUGCUGAAAAUGAUACCUUAACUCAGUCACAAGAAUUGUCGUUGGAUCAGACGCUUGUCUCUGCUGGCAAAAUAUUUGAGUUAGGCUUUUUCAAUCCAAGUAACUCGAGCAAACUAUAUCUCGGUAUAUGGUUCAAGAAUAUUCCUGGUAAGAGGAUUGUAUGGGUAGCAAACAAAGAAAAUCCAAUACCAGCUUCUGACUCUGCUGCAAUCUUGAAGAUUGGAAUUGAAGGGAACCUCAGAAUUGUAGAUGGCAACCAAAAUACGGUUUGGUCAACAAAUGUCAGUGUCCAGUCUAAUAAUACAAUUGCUGUGCUAACAGAUAAAGGGGAAUUCAUUCUUAAAGAUACUGGCUCUGGAACAUCUUUAUGGGAUAGUUUUAACUAUCCUUGUGAUACCUUGUUAUCAGGAAUGGUUAUAGGAUACAGCAGCAGGACCAGGGUGAAACUAGUCUUAUCGUCGUGGAAAGCUGAAGAUGACCCGUCGCCUGGAAAUUUUAUUGCUGGACUUUCGGUAGAAAUGCCACCUCAAGGCUUCACUUGGACUAAUCACUCAACGCCUUACUGUAGAGGUGGCCCGUGGGAUGGAGGGAACUUUAUAGGCGUACCUGAUGACGAAAAGGGGUAUGCAAGUGGUAUAAAUAUAGUAUCAAAUAAGCAACAGGAAUCUGCCUUUCUCAGUUUGAAUACUUUUAACGAUUCGUAUGUUAAAAUCAUGGUCCUAAAACCAUCAGGGAUAUUGCAGAUGAUGCAAUGGGAAGAAGAACUGAACGCGUGGAAAGUCAGAUGGGAGGCACCAGAUAAUCCGUGUGAUGUUUAUGGAACUUGUGGUCCUUAUGGUGUUUGUGAUAAGAAUAAGUCUCCAAUCUGUAAUUGCUUGACAGGAUUUGGACCAAAGUCGACCGAGGAAUGGAGUAGAGGAAAUUGGACUGGUGGCUGUGUGAGGCGAACUAAACUUGUAUGUGAAAUCGUUACAAGUGGCAUAGCGCCAAAGGGAUCCAAAAAUGACAAGUUUUUGCAGUUGAGUGAGAUGAAACUGCCAGAUCGCUACACAUAUUUGUAUGAUUAUGGUUCUCAGAACUGCAAAGAGUGGUGCCUGAAUAACUGUUCCUGUGCAGCCUACGCAUAUCCAGAUGGAAUUAACUGCAUGGUUUGGAUUGCAGAAGAACUUAUGGAUGUUCAGCAGUUUUCAUAUGAUGGUGCGGAUUUGUUUGUUCGUCUUGCUUAUUCUGAACUAGUUUCAGAUGAAGAUAAAAGGAAGGCAAAACUUAUCAUCGGCUUCACAACUGUUUCAAGCAUUCUCAUACUAGGUAUCUUUGGAUGCAUUUUCUACAGGUGGAAAGCAAGUCAAAGAGGAAAUAGAAUAAAUAGAGUUAAAGACCUCAUUCCGGCUGAUACAUCUACGGACAAUUUGUGGGAAGAGCAAGUAUUGCGAAAAGAUUCAUCAGAACUACUGUUUGUUGAUUUUGCUAAGUUGGCAAUCGCAACUGAGAAUUUCAGUGAAAUAAAUAUGAUUGGAGCGGGAGGAUUUGGACCUGUUUAUAAGGGAAAACUGGAAGAUGGACAAGUAAUAGCUGUGAAAAGAUUAUCUAGUUACUCUGGACAAGGAAUUAAAGAGUUCAAGAAUGAAAUCUUGCUAAUCUCCAAACUGCAACACAGGAAUCUCGUUAGAAUAUUGGCGUAUUGCGUUUAUGGGAAAGAGAAGUUACUAGUUUAUGAGUACAUGGCUAAUGGAAGCUUAGACACUUUGUUGUUUGAUCCAAAAAAAAGCCAUGAACUUUCUUGGCCAAAACGUUUCAACAUGAUUCAUGGAAUUGCUAGAGGGCUUCUUUAUCUUCACCGCGAUUCUUCAUUAAGGGUCAUUCACAGAGAUCUGAAGGCAAGCAACGUUCUCUUGGACGAUGAUAUGACUCCAAAAAUCUCAGAUUUCGGGUUGGCCAGAACCUUUCAAGUGACUCAAGAACUAAACACUCAGAGAAUUGUGGGAACAUUCGGUUAUAUGUCACCUGAAUAUGCCAUGGGAGGACUAUUCUCUGAGAAAUCUGAUGUCUACAGUUUUGGUGUUUUGGUACUGGAGAUUGUUAGUGGCAAAAGAAACAGAGGAUUUUAUGACCACGACAGGCAUUCGAACCUUCUUAGUUAUGCAUGGCAGCUUUUGACAGAAAGCAAGGCAUUAGAUUUAAUGGAUAAAACACUUUCCUGCUCAUUUUCUCCUGUGACAGUACUGAGAUGCAUACAUAUUGGCCUGCUUUGUGUCCAAGACAAUGCAGCUGAUAGGCCAUCAAUGUCAUCUGUUGUUCUUAUGCUAAGUAGUAGCGAGAUGGAUCUGCCUCAACCAAAGCAGCCUACAUUUAUCUUUCAAAGAUGGUUGUAUUCUGAUCUUCAAUCACAAAGCAGCAAAGCUCAGUCCGUUAAUGAUAUGACUGUAUCAGUGGCAGAUGGGCGAUAACUGAAGACCAAAAUACGAAUUAUAGAAUGAGUUUCAAGAUUGACUAUACCGUUCUCCUUUAUGUGUACACAGCUUGUCUUAAGCUAGUUUAUUCAUCUAAUCAAGUCCAUUUUUCUUCU